AGCCUUGUAAUCCAUUUAGUGCCCUCUCUCUCUUCCCGCCUACUCUGUUGCGUUCGUUUCCCCUUCUAAGGUAGAAUCGUAUGCUACUUCGCGCGGCUCUCUAGGGUUUUUGUUUCUGCUCUCCCGCGAUGCUUCCUUUCUCACGCUUCGUUCUCGGCCACCGUUCAAUUCCCUCUCUCCGCCACCGCCGCCGGCAACGGAGACUCCUGUCUAUCUCCUCCUCGCCAAACGUUCCGCUCUCACACCCGACUUACAUGAUAUGGGCGUCCAACACCUCCCUCGGCAAAACACUCGUCUCUACUGGUCUAGCUUCCUCCUUCCUUCUCUCCCGCUCCUCUUACGCCGAGCAUCGCAAGCUCCUCUAUCUCAAACCCGUUCAGACUGGAUUCCCGGCCGACUCUGACUCCCAUUUCGUCUUCUCCAGACUGUGCUCACUCGCUUCCCUGCGAAGCUCAGGAGGUCCCUCUCUCUCAUUUUCCGCCUCCAAUUCCGUUAUCAAAUCCUCUCUUCCGGCUGCUAUUGCCCUCUCGGGCCGAAAUUCCCUGCCCGGGGAACGAAUUCCCGCGUUCUGCGAGGAAAGCAAAUUUCUACGGACCGCGGGUACCGGUUCUGCCGAGUUAGUGUGUGAAACGUUAUAUGCAUGGAAGGAAGCUGUUUCCCCGCACUUGGCCGCCGAGAGAGAGAAUUGUGCGGUGCCGGAUUCCUUACUGGUGGAGAUGUUGGAGAAGCAUUUGACGGCUUCUCUGGAAGGGGUGUUUCAGAAGGAGAGUAAACAGGACUUCUGUAUUGUUGAGACAGCUGGAGGUGUUGCAAGUCCUGGUCCGUCUGGAACCUUGCAAUGCGAUUUGUAUAGGCCAUUCCGUCUUCCUGGUGUUCUUGUCGGAGAUGGGCGGCUUGGUGGCAUAUCUGGGACUAUUUCAGCUUAUGAGAGUCUGAAACUUCGAGGUUAUGAUAUUGUUGCAGUGGUGUUUGAGGAUCAUGGACUUGCUAACGAGGUUCCAUUACUAUCAUAUUUCAGAAACAGGGUGCCUAUAUUUGUGUUGCCGUCCAUACCACUGGAUAUGUCAAAUGACCUAGUGGACUGGUUUAACGAUUCUGAAGUAGUAUUCAAUUCUCUUAGGGAAAUAAUGGUCUCAACAUUUUCAGAAAGGAUACAGAGAUUGAAUGACAUGCCAAAGAAAGCAGGGGAUAUUUUAUGGUGGCCAUUUACUCAGCACAAGCUUGUACCUGAAGCCAGUAUAACUGUUAUCGAUUCACGAUGCGGGGAGAACUUUGCAGUUUAUAAGGAUAGAAAGGGUGGAUCAAUAACUCAGCAAUUUGAUGCAUGUGCUAGCUGGUGGACUCAAGGGCCUGAUGCUGCUCUACAGAUUGAGCUUGCAAGAGAAUUGGGCUAUGCUGCUGGACGAUUUGGUCAUGUGAUGUUCCCGGAGAAUGUUUAUGAGCCAGUAUUAGAAUGUGCAGAACUUCUGCUCGAGGGUGUAGGCAAAGGUUGGGCUGCCAGGAGUUACUUUUCUGAUAACGGGUCAACUGCGAUUGAAAUUGCCCUCAAAAUGGCAUUCCGCAAAUUCUGUAAUGAAAAUGAUGUGCUUCCUGUCAGGAGCAAUACUGGUGGGAGAUGCUUUGACCUGAAGGUAUUAGCUCUUAAUGGGUCUUACCACGGUGACACAUUGGGUGCAAUGGAAGCUCAAGCACCAUCAUCAUAUACGGCCUUCAUCCAACAGCCAUGGUACAGUGGAAGAGGGUUUUUUCUGGACCCUCCUACUGUUUCUAUAUGCAACAAUAUGUGGAUUGUCUCUUUACCGGCUGGCAUGCAUUCAGGGGAUCUGUAUAAUGUGGUGACAACCUACAGUUCCCGGGAUGAAAUAUUCCACAAGAGCAGAGAUAAGUCAGAUCUUGCUCAGGCUUAUUUGUCAUACAUAUCAGAACAGUUGGUUUCGUUCUCAGAUAAAGAACCAUCAGUCCAGAUUGGAGCAUUAAUUGUAGAACCAGGCAACACUAGGAACUUGGUUGUGCCAACCACUUCUUUCGGUGCCUUGUUAUUUGUAUGGUUCAUUGUUGACAAUGUUAUACAAGGAGCUGGAGGUAUGCUUCUCAUUGAUCCACUUUUCCAACGGGUUCUAGUCAAUGAAUGCCGAGGGAAAAAGAUUCCAAUUAUAUUCGAUGAAGUUUUUACUGGGUUCUGGCGUCUUGGUGUCGAGACUGCAGCAGAACUACUUGGAUGUGUACCUGACAUAGCCUGCUUCGCAAAGCUGAUGACUGGUGGUGUUAUACCGCUGGCUGCUACAUUGGCCACAGAAGCAGUUUUUGAUUUGUUCACUGGUGACUCAAAACUGAAUGCCCUCUUGCACGGACACUCUUACUCUGCACAUGCAAUGGGGUGCACUGCUGCUACUAAAGCGAUCAAAUGGUUUAAAGAUCCCAAGUCUAAUGCUAAUAUCCUUUCUGAAGGAGGGUUGCUUAAGGAGUUGUGGGACCCAGAGCUGGUAGCACGGAUAUCUUCCCAUCAUUCAGUCCAAAGAGUGGUUGCAUUAGGGACGGUAUUUGUUGUAGAACUACGAGCUGAAGGGAACAAUGCAGGGUAUGCUUCAACAUAUACAAGAGGACUUAUUAUGAAGUUGCGGGAAGAUGGGGUGUACAUGAGGCCACUGGGCAACGUCAUCUAUCUAAUGUGUACACCUUUAACGUUGCCUAGUACCUGCAGGGGGUUGCUUGUCAAACUUCUCAGGAGACUGCAACAGUUCGGCGAACCCUCGAGUUAAAUACUAUCGGUACGUUGGGAACUCUUUGUAUGUGUCUCCUUGUAUUUCUUGUUUGAUAUCUGGAAGGCACAGCUUCCAUUUCUAUGGUUGUGGAAGUUAAUUAGUGACGUUGGCUACUACUACGAACUUGAUAACUUGAAUACAUCCUUCUUUCUCUUUUUCCCCCAUUUUGUUACCAAAUAAGUAGGGAUGACAAUUUCGACUUGACCUGUUUGGCCUGUUUUGGGGCGUGUCAGACUCGUCCCGUAGGCGGGGUGGGGCGGGCAUGGGUACUCUCAUCGACCCGACCUGCCCUGACCCGCCCUAUUUACGACCCGUUCUUACAUGUAAGUUUAGUCAAACUACUUAGGAUUUUCCUUUUAUUACAUCAUAUGGUUAUAAUAAAGUUGUAAAUUAGACAAAACCUUAAUUUAUCCAAUAAUUUA